GCGCUCGCACCUGAUUUGCAUGUGACCGUGCAUUGGUAUUUCAGUCGAUCAUUGAAUUGUGUCGUAGAUGGGUGUUUCAGAUAUAUUAUUUAGCUAUGUUCUAGACACGUUUCGCUGUUAGCGCCGAAGUACGAACAUCGCGGAGACUACGAAAGGCCGCCAGGUGCUCGUGCCGGCGGAACGGCAGCCGGUGGGCCGGCCAGUCGGCGCCGCGCCGCGUCCCGCACCGAUCGCAGCCGAUCGCCAUGGUGGCCGCCGGCAAGCUGGCGCUGUACGGCGGCGUGUCGGCCGCGCUCUGGAUCCUGCUGGAGGCGGUGACGGCCGGCCAGAUCGUCGCCGCGCUGUUCGCCGUCUGGGUCGUCACUGGCGGCUGGCGCACACUGCGUAUCGUGUACCGCACUCUGCCGCGUGAAAUCAGGGCCACACGGAGGUUCACCAAGCUGAUCUUCAGGGUCAAGUCAUGCGAGUGGAACAACACGUCGGUGCCAGAGCUGUUCCAGCAGCAGGCUGCCCUGCAUCCCAGCAAGACCGCCAUCAUGUUUGAGGAUGAGCGGUGGACAUAUAAAGAGCUGGACGAGUACAGCAACCGCGUGGGCAACGUGUUCCUGGCGCGCGGCUUCCGCAAGGGCGACGCGGUGGCGCUGUUCGUGGAGAACCGGCCCGAAUUCGUCGCCACCUGGCUGGGUCUGGCCAAGGUGGGGGUCAUCCCUGCGCUCAUCAACUUCAACCUGAAGGAGGCCUCGCUGCUGCACUGCAUUCAAGUGGCGGGCUGCAAAGCGCUCAUUUACGGCGUGGAACUCAGUAACGCCGUUGCCGACAUUCAGGACAAGCUGGGCUCCGAAUUCCCGACCUUUUCGACGGGGAUGGGCGGAAAGGAUCCGUCGCCAAUCUCAGGGUCGGCCAGCCUGGACGCGCUGCUGGCGGAGGCGCCGCCGUCGCCGCCGGCGCUGCUGGAGACGCUCAACUACGCCGACAAGCUGCUGUACAUCUACACCUCGGGUACCACCGGCAUGCCGAAGGCGGCCAUCAUCAAACACUCGCGGUUCGUCUUCUUCACGGCCGGCAUCUUCCACAUGAUGGGUCUGUCGAGCGCGGAUGUGAUCUACGACCCGCUGCCGCUGUACCAUUCGGCCGGCGGCAUGCUGGGGGUGGGCAUCAUGAUGACGCACGGCGCCGGACUGCUGAUACGGCGCCGCUUCUCCGCGUCCGGCUACUGGCGCGACGUGUCCGAGCACGGCUGCACGGUGGCUCAGUACAUCGGCGAGACGUGCCGCUACCUGCUGAACCAGCCGGAGCGGCCGCACGACAAGCAGCACCAGAUUCGUCUCAUGUUCGGCAACGGACUGCGGCCGCAGAUCUGGGAGGAGUUCCAGUCGCGUUUCAACAUACCCAAGAUCUGCGAGUUCUACGGCUCGACGGAGGGCAACGCUAACAUCGUGAACAUGGAGGGCAAGACGGGCGCCGUCGGCUUCGUGCCGCCGCUCGUUCCCUGGGUCUACCCGUGCAAGCUGAUCCGGGUCGACGAGGACACGGGCGAGCCCAUCCGCGACAAGAACGGGCUCUGCGUCAAGUGUGAAGCAGGAGAGCCGGGAGAGUUCAUCGGCAUGAUGAUCCGUAACAACCCGGUACGAGACUUCCACGGCUACGCUGAUAAGAAGGCCACCCAGAAGAAGAUUGUGCACGACGUGGACAGGAAGGGCGACUGCGCGUUUCGCUCAGGUGACAUCCUGGUGAGCGACGAGGACGGCUACUUCUACUUCAAGGAUCGGACAGGCGACACGUUCCGCUGGCGGGGCGAGAAUGUCUCCACCACUGAGGUGGAGGGCGUCAUACAGAAGGCUCUCGGGAGCACCAUGGCUGCCGUCUACGGCGUGGAGGUGCCGGGCGUCGAGGGUCGGGCCGGCAUGGCGGCGGUGGCUGACCCGGACGGUCGGUUGGACCUGGAGCAGCUCGCGCUCGGCAUCCGGCGUUCCCUGCCCACCUACGCCCAGCCGCUGUUCCUGCGCAAGGUCAAGCACCUGGACAUGACAGGGACUUUCAAGUUCAAGAAGGUGGUUCUUCAGAAGGAGGGCUUCGACAUUGGCGCCGUCAAGGACGAGAUGUUUUUCCUCGACACGCGCGCUGGCCACUACACCCCGCUGACCCGGGAGGUCUACGACAAAAUCUGCUCGGGUCAGAUGCGCCUGUAGUCGGCCUUUGCGCUGCGGGCGGCGGCGACACGCGUACAAUCGAGGUGCCUGUCGGGCCGGGCGGUGGGAGGCGGCGCAGGCGGCCUGGGCUCCCGCGCGGCUGUCCCAGUCCAGGGACCUCGUGUAGGGGGCACCCCAGCGCAGUAGCUUUCUCAGACUCAGCUGUUUGGACGUUUGUUGGGACAGGCCUGGGCGGUGACGUAUGGGUUAGCCCGCGGGAUGUUUUUUUGGUUUGGCCCCGAAGGGCGGUGUUGUCAGUUGUACUCGACGUGUCAGGCUUUCGGAAUUGUUUUGAGACCUCUAUAGACCACGUUGCUCAUCAUGCUCAGCACUGCUGGACAAGUACUAAACGACAUAGAACAAAGACACUUGCCUCUGUAUUUGUAUUAGGAAGGCAAGUCUGUUGCCUGUGUUCGUCUGUUCUGAGACGGCGGCGUGGUGUUGGUGUUUUGUCGUGAUGCCGUCAUUGUUCUCGACCAAGCCGUCCAGCGUCGGUGUUCUGGCUGCGUCGGUGCGUGUGUCGGCCGGGUGUCUGUGCGGUGUGCCGGUUAUGGUCCGUUAAGGAGGAUCGCCAACAGCUAUCGCUGCCAGUUGAGGUCGCCUCUGUGCGUCGCCGGCGACCUCAAACCUGACACCGCGUUUCGGUCUGGCCGUGGUCAUGAGCUUUCUGACUGUCAUGAGCUUUCUGAGCUUCUGUCUCUGCCUCGCGGAAGGUAUUUGCGCGCCCGUGACGCCUAGCAGCCGUCCAUAACGCUGUCAGCAGGUGCGGUAGUGCUGUUGUUGCUCGUUCGUUGCCCGUGCGACCCGUGAACCGGCAAUGUCUUGCGCCGGGUCUCAGUGAGAAGUAGGCAGCACAUGAAUAGGUAACUGGCUGUUGUUGUCCGCUAUUGCAAUAAUUUGCUCUUCGUUUCCUGUCGAUGCGGUCGGAACCGACCAGAUAUGCAUAUUCAGCUGUUACCUGCCUGCCGCGCUGUAGGAAGCGACUGUCCGACGGAUGCCUGCGGUCCGUUGCGUGCACAGGCACGUAAGAACCACCACCGAGAUGACGCGUGAGACAAUACGUACUCGUGAAUCCAGGGUAACGAUUGAGAACGAUAUGUACAACAAGACGUUGUGAUGUUCGCGGUUGUCAGUGCAUGACAGCGUGACGUACAUGACAGUGUAUGACGGACCGAAAAAAUAAUGACCUGUUCAAACCGGUAGGGUUAACGUAGUUAUGUAUUUCAUAUGUAUGACAUACUGUUUUACAGCUCAUGUCAUUGCUGGCUUCGCACCAAGAUCUUGUUAUUCCCAAACCAGCAUGCUGACGUGCUCAGACGGACGCCCGCCAAUUUGCUCCUGGCUCGGUCGUCGCGAUGCUCACCAGAUCGAAAACGCUGUCUGACGUUUUUUGGAUUGAGAGACAUGGCCUGUGCACGCGUUUGAGGCAGGUGGCGGGUCGCUGGCGGGUGCGAUGCGGAGGGACCCGGACUGCCAGCUGUGUGCGCUAUUGCAAGGGCCAAUCGGUGAUGCAACUGAGGCGGCCAAAUGUCCCGGAGGGCUGAAACAUCAUCUUGCACAGACAUUGCAUCGACGCCUGUCCCAUCUCACCUCGCAUCCCGCCGGCGUUCCUGUGAUUUGUCGGAGCGUGACCAGGAGGCGGGUUGGCGACUCUUGUUACAUGACAAUGAAGGACGUGCGGAUGCGACGGAACACGAUCCCGUGCUCGGCGUGGCGCGAGCACGAGGGUCCCCGUCGCGUCGCGCCCCGGGCCGCCAGAGGGUCGUGCGGUCCGCGCCGCGUCGCGCCCCGCUCCAGCAGCGCUGUGCCGCGGGCCCUGUCGGCGUGGCGACGGGCGGCGCCCUCUCGCGGCGGCGUCGGAGCUGGCUGUGGGGUGUGGCACCGGCCGGACACGGCGCCGAUGUCCUGCCGCCUCGACCGGCCGCGCGCGGCCCGGUGGCGCGCGCGUGUGGUGGGCGGUGAAGCGCUGGUGUUACGCACAAUAACGGCAGACGACGAGCGUGAGCUGCGCCUGUGAGCCCGGCGCCUCUGCGUCACUAUAUGGACCGCGCCACAUCAUCUCUACUUUGAAUACAGACUUGGCUUGGA